AACAUUCGUGGUGUUCAGAUCGGUUCGGAUCGAUUAGUUGACGCGACGUUGGUAAAGAAAAACAAUUUUGUGAACGGCAGUGUUCUGUGUGAUUGUUUUAUAACAAAAUAAAAAAAAAAAAUAAUACGAUUUUUCUGGAAGCUCAAAAGUAAUAAAAAUAAAAUAAAAUUGUAAUAAAAUUGUUUAAUAAAAAAAUCGGAAAAUUAAUAGUGCUCUUUUCCAGUGUGCUUAUAUAAAUUGAAAAAAGAGCCAUAAACAAAUAACAUUACGUGAUAAUCAGUCAGUCAGUCAGAAACAAUGUCGCACAGCCCAAAACCCGUCAAGAAGGUGCCCCUCCAUUUGCAGAGCGCCCAAAAUCGUGUCUACAUAAAAAAUGGCCAGGUUGUCAACGAUGAUGGCAUGUUCAAAGCCGAUGUUUACAUCGAGGAUGGCAUUAUCAAGUUUGUAGGCCCAGCAUCUGAAAUUAAUAUUCCCGGAGGUGUACGUGUGAUUGAUGCCACUGGGCGUUUGAUUAUACCCGGCGGUAUUGAUCCUCACACCCAUUUCCAAUUUGAAUUUGGUGGAGCUGUGUCUGUUGAUGACUUCUAUCAUGGAACCAGAGCCGCCGUUGCUGGUGGCACCACAACCAUUAUUGAUUUUGUCAUGCCCAACAAGGGUGAAUCCUUGAUUGAUGCCUAUCACAAGUGGCGCUCUUGGGCUGACCCCAAAGUGUGCUGUGAUUAUGCCCUGCAUGUGGGCGUAACAUGGUGGUCCAAAUUGGUAUCGGAUGAAAUGAAAAUUUUGUGCCAAGAGUUGGGCAUCAAUUCCUACAAAAUGUUCAUGGCCUACAAGGGAUUGUAUCAACUGAACGAUUCCGAUAUGUUGGAUAGCUUGGAACGCAUUCGUGAAUUGGGGGCAUUGGCUCAGGUCCAUGCCGAAAAUGGUGAUAUUAUUGCCAAAAAUGCGGGUAAACUGUUGAAUGCCGGCGUCACCGGUCCUGAGGGUCAUGAAAUGUCACGCCAGGAAGAAGUGGAAGCUGAAGCCGUUCACCGCGCAUGCAUAUUGGCUCAUCAGGUUGAUUGUCCCCUCUAUGUGGUCCAUGUAAUGGGCAAAUCGGCUGGUAUUGAAUUGGCCAGAGCUCGCCGCCGUUACAACAAUCGCGGUAUUUAUGGUGAAACUUUGGCCGCCGCUCUGGGCACCGAUGGUACACACUGUCACAACAAUUGUUUCCAUCAUGCCGCUGCUCAUAUCCUCAGUCCUCCCCUUAGAUCAGAUCCCACCACCCCCGAGUUCAUGAUGAGAUUAUUGGCAAACGAUGGCCUUCAGACCACCGGCAGUGACAACUGCACCUUCAACAAGGAACACAAAGAGCUGGGCAAGGGUAACUUUACCAAAAUCCCCAAUGGUGUUAACGGUGUUGAGGACCGCAUGUCUGUGGUGUGGGAGAAAGGUGUCCAUGCCGGCAUCUUGGAUCCUUGCCGUUUUGUUGCCGUCACCAGUACCAAUGCUGCCAAACUCUUCAAUUUGUAUCCCCAAAAGGGACGCAUUGCUGCUGGCUCCGAUGCCGACAUUGUCGUCUGGAAUCCAAAUAUCACCCGCACCAUCUCCAAGGAUACCCACCACCACAAUUGUGAUUUUAAUAUUUUCGAAGGCAUGGUUUGCCAUGGUGUUCCCGAGAUUGUAUUGGUGCGUGGUCGUGUCUGUGUGGAAGAUGGUAAUGUUCGUGUGGCCGAAGGCUUUGGUCGUUUCUUAAGCACUCCAGUGCGAACACCAUAUAUCUAUGAUGUUUUGGAGGGCAAAGUUCCAGCUGAACAGAGCAAUGGUGACGGCAAGGCUGCUGAUGGAGUCAAUGGCGGUGUAAAGAGUCUAAACUUUGAUGCGUUACAGAAGGAGGUGACUUAUCAGAAACCUAUUUCUCACACUCUGCUCAGCUCCGCCUACGAUGUGGGUAGUCAAGCCAAACCUCAGAGUCCAACUGGUCUCAAGCAUGUAGAUGGCGCCAGAAACAUGCAAGAAUCGACUUUUUCCAUAAGCCAGGAAUUGGAUAAAAAUGGUCCCCGCCCAUCGGUAAAAGUACACAACCCACCUGGUGGCAAAUCUUCCGGAUUCUGGUAACUCAGAUGUCUCCUGAAUUUCUUCGUGUUUACUCUUAAUUGCGGACAAUACAA